ACUGAGACAAUCUUUUGAAUUGUCACCAUUAAAACUGUUCAUUCUGUGAAUAUUGCCCAACUUACAAAGUAUGAUACCUGCUUAAUUACUACAUUGUCGCUAAAAUAUCUAUCACAUCCAUAUAAAAGCUCAAAUCUCACAUCAUGGUCAGAGCGGCAGUCGCAGGCGGAACUGGUGGAGUUGGUUACGCUAUCGUUGACGCUCUCAAAGCACAAACAGAACACGAAUUCAUUGUUUUGAGUAGAACAGAAUCACCCGAAUAUGCAGCAAAAAACAACGUAAAGGUUGUUUCGAUUGAUUAUUCCGAUGUCUCACAAAUCUCAAAGAUAUUCGAUGAACAUAAUAUUCAUACGGUUAUUUCGGCUUUGUGUAUUGUUUCAAAAGAGCACAGCGACUCACAGUUGAACCUUGUACGAGGUGCUGCUGGUUCCCAGUCUGUGAAGCGAUUCGUGCCUAGUGAGUAUGGAAGUGCUUAUGAAGAAAAACAUGCGCUCGCUCGCCCAAGCACUGGCCUCAAAGCAGUUGCCGUGAAAGAGCUUGCCAAAACUCACCUCGAAUAUACUUCAUUCGUCAAUGGUCUCUUCUUAGAUUAUUUGUGCAUGCCCGCGGUGCCAAGUCAUCUUGCAGCUGGAAUAAGAUUCUUCGACAUUCCCAGCAGAACCUCGGUAGGUAUUGGAUCAGGGACAGUACCUUUGGUUAUGACCCAUACAAGAGACGUGGGCCGCUUUGUCGUUGCUAGUCUUUCCUUACCGAAGUGGGAGAAUAGAAGUUUUAUUGUUGGGGAUCGACAGUCCUGGCAUGAUGUGAUAGAUAUAGCAGGGAAAAUUACUGGUGAUAAAUGGACAAUCACUGAUGAACCCUCUAAAAUUCUUAGUGGGCAGGUCAUCGAAGCACCGGCUCAUAGGGCUGCAUACUCGGCCUCGCUGAAAGAGCAUGGAGACUGGUUUGAAUCAGGAACAUUUAGUUUCGACCCUAAAGCUCCGGAUUCCGUGUAUCUUAACGAAUUGUUCCCAGAAAUAAUCCCUCUUACGGUAGAAGAUGGCCUCAAGACUUUGAUUAGUGCUUCCUCUAGCUAGAGCUAAUGUCAAGACGGGAACUUAGAGUCAGAAUUAUGGAGCUAGCCAAGAAAUAUUCUCUCUUACGGUUAAUCUACAAUAAUCCGCUCUGCGAGUUCUCCCCAAGGAACAUUACCCGCCGCGGGUAUCGAUUGUGCAGUCUAGACAUAGUAGUCAGGUAGUUUUUGAAUCAAAAUGACAAGGGUAUGAUCAUGUGAUGAUCCCA